AUGUCGUCCACCAAAAAACUUGGUGUGCUGCAGUUGAACACCCAGUUCUAUCGGCCGCCUGGAGAUUGCGGUAAUCUCAAAUCGUACGCUUAUCCCGUGGUCAUUUCCAUCGUCGAGGCAGCGACCCGCGAGACGGUGGUAUUGGCCGGGAGGGAAGGGCAGAUGGCGUUGGUGGACGCGUUCGUCAAAGAAGGGACUAGGCUGAUGAAGGAGGAGAACGUUACCUGUUUGAUUACGAGCUGUGGGUUCAUGGCUGCGACACACAAAGAGCUUGCGGAGAGAAUGCCCAUCCCAAUCGGUACUAGCGCACUGUUACAGGUUCGAUGGCUUCGAGAGCUAUUUGGCGGCGCGCCAGACACCGUUGGGGUUAUUACAUUCUCAGCUGAGAACCUCACAAAGGAUCACUUCAAGGGUGUCGCAUUGGAUGUCGCGCCGCCGGUCAAGGGUGUACCAGUUGGGGGUGCCUUUUAUAACUGGAUAACCUUGGAAACGGAAUUCGACUUUGCAGCUUGCGAAGCAGAGGUUGUCCAGGCGGCGAAACAAAUUCAAAAAGAGAACCCGACGAUACGAGCGAUCUGCUUCGAGUGUACGAAUAUGCCACCUUUCACAGAGGCAGUCAAGGAAGCUACGGGCUUACCUGUGUACUCGGUGUUGACGUUGGCUGACUGGAUGUAUCAUGCCUCCAGUAUGGGACCAUCUUUUCACUGAGCGCUUUCGCUGGUAUUGCCUGAAAUAAGACCUCUCGCGCGCCAUGUACGCGCGCAUCGUGAACCUUGUCCAAUU